AUGAGUAAUACGGAUUUCCUAGGUCGUGCGAUCGACACGGUGAAGAAGGCUAUCGAGGAUGACAACAACGGCGAGUACGAAAAGGCUUAUCAGACAUACUACUCCGCACUGGAGUUGUUCAUGUUGGCCUUGAAGUGGGAAAAGAACCCCAAGUCGAAGGAAAUGAUCCGCUCGAAGGCCGGCGAGUAUAUGGAUCGCGCAGAGAAGCUCAAGAACCACCUGGCAGAAGAUCGCAAAAAGCCCAGCGCAGUAGGCGCAAAUGGCAAGGUGGCGCAGGGCAACGGGAAAGGAGGGAAGGAAGAUGACGACAACGGCGAAGAUGCAGACGCCAAGAAGCUUCGGAACGCGCUGCAGGGCGCUAUCCUGUCAGACAAGCCAAAUGUCAAGUGGGAGGAUGUUGCCGGAUUGGAAAAUGCAAAGGAAGCAUUGAAGGAGGCUGUCAUUCUCCCCAUCAAGUUCCCGCACUUGUUUACCGGCAAGCGUCAACCCUGGAAGGGUAUCCUGCUUUACGGGCCCCCAGGUACAGGAAAGUCUUACCUCGCCAAAGCUGUCGCAACAGAGGCAAACAGCACAUUCUUCAGUGUCAGCAGUAGUGACCUGGUCUCGAAGUGGAUGGGUGAGAGUGAAAGACUCGUCAAGCAACUGUUUAACAUGGCUCGUGAGAACAAGCCGGCAAUCAUCUUCAUUGACGAAGUCGAUGCGCUGUGCGGACCCCGUGGCGAAGGAGAGUCCGAGGCCUCGCGGCGUAUCAAGACCGAGUUACUUGUACAAAUGGACGGUGUCGGCAACGACUCCAAGGGCGUUCUCAUCCUGGGCGCUACCAAUAUCCCCUGGCAACUCGAUGCUGCCAUUCGGCGACGUUUCCAGCGCAGAGUCCACAUCAGCUUGCCGGAUGUCAACGCCCGUGCAAAGAUGUUCUCCCUCGCCGUUGGCUCGACACCCUGCCAAAUGAGCCAGGCCGACUACCGCCAGUUGGCGGAUUUGAGCGAGGGCUACUCCGGUAGUGAUAUCAGUAUUGCCGUACAGGACGCCCUGAUGCAGCCAAUUCGCAAGAUUCAAGGAGCAACACAUUAUAAGAAGGUCCUCGUUGAAGGCGCAGAGAAGCUCACUCCCUGCUCGCCUGGGGAUGCUGGAGCAGUGGAGAUGAGCUGGCUCAACGUGGAAGCAGAUCAACUCCUGGAACCACCUCUGGUUCUCAAAGAUUUCAUCAAGGCUGUCAAGAACUCCCGUCCCACUGUCAGCGGUGAGGACCUUACUAGGAACUCAGAAUGGACCCAAGAGUUCGGCAGUGAAGGUGCCUGA